UUUUACUUUAUUAAUUGUUUGUUUGUGGACCUGUUACUGCUCACUUCUCUUAUUCAGUUCAUGAAUGGCUAUCAAAUCUCCUCACCAACCUCAGCCUCUGGUGAAGCCAAUCCACUUUUUCAAGAUCAUAACCCCUCAAAGUCUUCAUCAUGGAAAGCUAAUGUUCCCGGAAAGGUUUGUGGAGAAAUAUGGAGAAGGCUUACCAAAUAGUCUAUUUCUUAAGACCCCAAAUGGUGCUGAGUGGAAAUUUAAUUUGGAAAAACGGAAUGGUAAAAUAUGGUUUGAAAAGGGUUGGAAAGAAUUUGCAGAGUAUCACUCUCUAGCUCAUGGCCAUCUUUUGGUUUUCAGAUGCCAAAGAACUUCCCUUUUUCAGGUACACAUAUUUGAUUUGAGUGCCUCAGAGAUAGACUACCCUCCCAGAAGAAAACAAGGUAAAACAGUCUCCAAUAAUCAUGGAAAUAGACCUCCAAUUGUCAAAAUUUUGGAAUUGGAAUGUCACAGAUCAGGUCAAAAGAGAAAAGAUAACUCUGCUGUGGAAUGUAUUCAACCAUAUCAGUUGAGAAGUCGCAAAAGUGUUAAAGUAGACUAUAACUUGAUAUUGCCCAAGGAGGCUCUUCAUCAUACUGGCAGAAAGGGCAGAGUAAAGUCAGGGGCUACGGUUAACCAAAUUACAGCCCUUGAUAGAGCAAGUUCUUUCAAACCUAGUAAUCCAUUCUUCUUGGUUGUCAUGCAUCCAUCAUACGUGGGUUCUUAUAACUUGAGUUUACCAUCUGAGUUCUGUAAGAGACACUUUGAUUUGCGCAAGCAUAGACUUAUCAACCUUCAGGAGUUAAAUGGGAGAGUUUGGCCUGCAAAGUUGGUGGUCCAUAAAAACAGGAUGAAUACAGUCUUUAAAUUCUCAGGUGCAUGGAAGGAAUUUGGGGAGCACAACAACUUGAAAGUUGGUGAUGUUUGCAUAUUUGAACUCGUUCACAGAACUAAACUAACCUUCUUGGUUCACAUCUUUAGAGAGACAGACAGUUCCAAUUGUUCAACAUGCCAAGAAUCUAGUGAAAUGAGAGCAGCUUGUCAUGUACAAAGAAAAGAAAUGAAAACCAUCACUGCUACUAAAUAAUAAUCACCAAAGAGUUUCAGUUCUCUUGUAUGAAGCUUAACGUGGGAUUCAGUACCUUUGUUGGACACUAAUACCAAAUAUUUGGCAUUUGUAGAGAUUACCUGGUACCUGAUGUCAUAUCUCCUGGGGAGAUAAUUAUGGAUUUUUUUAAUGAGUUUAUUCUCUUUUCUUAAUAUCUGAAAAGUUAGAAGUUACUUAAGAAUUAUUCUGUUGACAUAUUGCUGUAAAAUUUGCCAAGACCGAGAUGUUGUUACUAGGUAUUGGCUUAUAUUAAUUAUGGAUGCUUGUUGAAAUUA